UGUUAAAGAUAUCUCUUAUAGUUAAUUUUCUAUAGAGAAAUAAUUUAAUUUAUAAACUUAUCAAAAUUCAUUAGUUUAUUAUUCUAUUUUGUAUAUUUAUUUAUUUAUUUUGUUCAUAUAUUAUUAUUGAAUUAAAUGCACCAAUUUAUAAUAAAAAUAUUCAACCAUGUUUUGGAAAACAAUAUCUAUUUGUUUAUGUAUAUAUGGAGUUCUUAAAGAAUUUCGGCCAUCAGAAUCUUAUAUCAUACCUUUCUUACAAGGGUCACGAAUGAACUUCACUGAGGAACAAAUUAAUAAUGAAAUACUUCCCAUUGGAAUUUAUUCAAUGAUGGUAUCUAUGGUUUUUGUCACAUUAAUGAUAGAUUUGUUACGAUACAAAGCAGUUAUAGUAAUCCAAGCUAUAUGUGGAGCAUGUGUCUAUGCAAUUUUAUCAAUAUGUACAAGUUUUACAUCAAUAGUAGUUGUUGAAAUAUUAUAUGGAAUUUUUACAGCAGCUGAAGUUGGAUAUUCCACUUAUAUUUAUUCUGUUGUAGAAGUAAAAUAUUAUCAAAAAGUUACUAGUUAUAUGAGAGCAGCACUCUUGAUGGGUCAUUUUUUUUCAAGCAUUAUGGCCCAAGUCUCAAUCUCAAUAAAAUUAUUUAAUGUAUAUCAAUUGAAUUUUUUUACAUUUGCAAGUUUAACAGCUGGAACAUUUUGGACUAUAAUCCUACUACCUUCAAAAAGAAAAUUAAGUAAACAUGAGACUGAAAUGAUACCAAUGAAUGUUGAUGAGGAAACAUUAAAAGAAGUUAUUUUUUAUCCAAAAGAUAAUGAUGACUGUGAUAAAAAAACAUCUCUUAUGUAUUUUAAAUCUAUGAUUAAUGAGUAUAAGAGUAUUCCAGUUCUGAAAUGGUCAUUUUGGAUGAUAGCAGCAACUUGUUGUUUUAAUCAGGUAUUGUCUUAUAUUCAAUCAUUUUGGGAAUCUUUAAGUCAUAAUAAUUGUUUUGAGGAAAAUUGUGUAAAAUAUUCAGAAUGGAAUGGAGCUGUUGAUGCAAUUUACACUGUUAUUAGUUUUGGUAUGACUAUAUUGUGUGGUACAUUAACUAUGGAUAUAGAUAAAUAUAGUAAUAUUAUCAUUUUAAUUAGCGCUAUUAUCCAGUGGAUGUCAUUAUACACUUCAGUUAUAUGGAAUUCAAUUUAUAUAUCUUAUAUAAAUUUCAUUUUUUUUUGUAUGACCUAUCAAGUUACAAUGACCAUUGCCAGUGCAGAAAUCGCAAAAUUUGCCAAUAGGGAUAGGCAUGGAUUUAUCUUUGGUUUAAAUAACCUCUUAGCAGCAAUCUUACAAUCCUUAGCAACUUUCACAAUGAGUUCUAUGAAAUUGUCGACAUCUUCUAAAACAUUGUUCAUGUGGAUGGGGAAUUAUUGUUUUUUCAUUGCAGUAUGUUUCUUUUUCAUUGUAAUUGUACAAAUAGUUAGGUAGUUAAACAAAAAAAAAAAAUAUGAUGUACUGUUAACAUACAUAUAUAUACUUAUAGUUAACUCUUAACAAAUAUUAUAUUAAUAUUUAUUAUUUGUUAGUUUAAAUGAACAUAUUAUGUUUAGUUUUUCUCAUUAUUAUGUUAAAAAUAUUUGUUUAACUUAAAUUAUUGUAUUGUUUUAAUUAUAAACAAAAUAUCUAUAGUAAAUAUUUUAGUUAAUUAAUGUUUAAUAUUAUAAUUAUACAUUGUUAUCUACUUUGAGUGUUACUA